AUGCCAUUGCACAGACCCCCUCAUUCUCGCUGGAUUGGAGGCCCUUCGCGCUGUCGUUCAGAUUCUGAGCCAGGCAUGGAAAGAAGAUUCGGGGGUUCAGGAGUUCUGGGGUUUAGGAAACAGUUUUUAGGAGGGUCAGGAGUCGGCGUUCUCGCUCUCCUCCCCAGAUCUGGUGGUGUCGGUCCGUUCCACUCACACAAGAAGAGGAAAUUGAUCAAAUUGUCAAUGGGCCCAGUUUUGAGGAGGAAAUUGACUGUGUGGAACAAAUUAACGACCUGCCGGCCAGCUUCUACGAGGCGGUCGGCAGAGCCGUCAUCAAUUGGGCCGUCGACAACGGUCGUCAGGUUGGGUGUUGGUUCCAGUCGUGGACGCGGGCGUGGUAGUGGUGCCCUUCGAUGCCAUCGUCAAUGCCAUCGUCAACAGCGAACAGGAUCUCACUCUCGAGUCAGCCAGGCAGCUGGUGCGUUAAUCGGGUACCUCAUCCUCAAAGACUGA